GCCACCGUAAUUUUUCAGCAAGUAUGCUUGGUGGACGUGGCGGCGGUGGUGGCCGGGGCGGGCGCGGUGGCGUGAGCGCCGGCGACUGGAUCUGCCCGACCGAGGGCUGUGGCAACAUCAACUUUGCUCGCCGCCUCGAGUGCAAUCGGUGCUUCAAGCCCCGCGCCGACGCGCCGAAAGGCAAGCCCGAGAAGACCGGGCUCUUUGGCCCGGGCGACUGGGCGUGCGGCAAGUGCGGCAACAUGAACUGGGAGCGGCGUAACGAGUGCAACAUCUGCAAGAACCCCAAGACGACGCUCGGCCCGGAAGAGAAGCGUGACGGCGCGGGCGGCGGCUUCAACGAGCGCCAAGAACGCAUGGCGUCCUCCAAGCGCGAGGUUGACGAAGAUGGCUACGACGACUUUGGUAUGCGCCGCCCGUCCGUCAAGUCGAGCAAGGCCGAGCGCGAAGCCGCAGCUCUCGCCCGUCUAAAGCAAUCGUACAGUGGCAUCUACGACAACGACCACGGGCCGGCCGACGACCACGUCCGCCCCAAGGAAACGACAUCUGCCGACAGCGAGCAGUCGCCCGCCAAGCCGCGACGCGAGCGCGAUGCGCGCCGGGACCGCGACGAGCCUCGAUCCACCAAGCAGCGAAGCCGGAGCCGCGACCGCCCGAGCGACCGACGCAGCCGCAGUCGUGACCGUCAGCGCAGCCGGAGCCGCGAUCGCCAGCGUAGCCGGUCCCGCGGCCGCAACGAUCGCUCGUCUCGGCGAUAAGCACGCAACAUGCAAGUGUUUGUCUCGCCGAACUCUACUUUGACUUGGCGUCCUCCGGCCCUUUCCUCCUCCGCAGCCAUCAUGCACGACGUGGCCACACAUCCGCAGCUUGGCUUCGCACACCGCCUGCCAUCAAGUGAAAUACUGGGUUGGGCUAUUUGUGGUCGUACGCGUCUACUUCUACUGCUACUCGCACAUCCUGU